UGAAGCGUGUGCCCCUAGCCCUUUCAUGAAUUUGGUACUGCACGUUCGCUCGAAUAAAAGCCCAGGUCAGCUGGCGAUGCGACGUAGUUUUUGGAACAUUACGAGAGCUCACGUCUAGCUUGCUAGCGGGAAAAUCAAGAACUUGUUCUUAUUUUCGUUUUCAGUAUUAAGAGCUGGUAUUUGAAUUUUUGUGAAAUAUAAUAUUCCCAUCUACGAACUUUUAGACUGAGAACAAUAAUGGCGUUAUCUGUCUGUCGUCUGUUCACCCGCUCACGGCCAGCUCUCGCGAUAAGAAGGGUCCUCUCUCCUCAAUCGCAAAAGGCUUCAAGUCAGAAUUCCUUGGAAAGAUGCUUGGCACGUUUCCAGGGUACCUCAUCCAAGCUCUACGAAUCUCCUACACCAGAGUCCAAGCCAGUUAGUCGCUUCCCUAUACCAGAGCGAGAGACACUGCCAGAGGACAUUCAGAGAAUCAUGAAGGAGGUUGAGAAACAGAGUGGCUUCCUUCCCAACAUCUUCAAGAUAAUGUCAUAUGACCCUACCUCGUUUAAGUACUUCUUUGGCUACUACGACCACCUUAUAUCGGACCGAGGCAAUCUGACGAAGGAGGACAAAUCAUUUAUCAGCCUGGCCGUCAGUACAGAAAACAAGUGUAUCUACUGCACAGUUUCUCAUAGAAUGGUCUUUAGGCUCAACACCAAUGAUCCAGUACUAACUGAUCAGAUGACGGUGAAUUGGGAAACAGCUGACGUGACUGACAGACAGAGAGCCAUUCUAGAAAUGGCCAUGGCAGUCACCAAGAACGAACCAAUCACAGAUGAACAUUUUACUAACCUGGAGCGGCACGGUCUUGACCAACGUGAUGCCUUUGACAUUGGCCAUUAUGCUGCUUUCUUUGCUCUGGCCAACAGGCUCGCUAUCUUCACUAAACUAAGACCAAAUGAUGAGUUCUCAGAAUAGUAAUGUGUAACCCAAGACUCAGCAGUGAUCACUAAGGAACAGGAGAUACAUAUCUGUAACGUGAUACCAGACCAGGUACUCUUAGGAAUCCAGGACCAAAUUGCCUUCUGGGCUCCAUGUCUUACAACGGGGCUGCAACAAGAUAUCCAAGCUACAUGUACUGCCAUAUGAUGUUGAAUACGGUGUUAAAGAGGUUGAUAGACUCCUGAUUGCCUAUAUUAGCCAUAAUAUACAAUCUGUUGAAAUGAGAAUUUCUUGUAGGAGGGGGGAUAAAAUAACUAAGCUAGAUGUAAUGUGUUAGCUGCUGAAUGCUCUGUUUUAACUCAGAAUUACAAACUGCCUUCUGAAAUGAAUGAUUUAUUAAAAGAAAGGAUAUAUACAUAGUUUAACAAUAUAAAUUGCCAUUAUUGAUUGUACCUUACAAGAAGUAUGAAAUUUGGUAGUCAAUAGAAAAGUACAACAGCUCUGUAAAUCAAAUAGUAUUCUUUAAAUACCCUCACGGUAGAUAAAGUCAGUUCAUUCAUACAAAUGACCUUGGUUAGUUACAUAAUAAUUAUCUUCAGAUAUGACUGUAAAACCACAAGACCUCAGGUUCUAUUUUAUGGCUUCUUAAAUUUCCUUGUUCGUUUUAAACCAAUUUUUGUCUUAAUGAACAUAAAAUUUAGGUUGAUAACGGUGGAUAAUGGUUGAUAAAAUUCAACAGAUUGAAAGUAAACCGUUGCCAUUAUAUUUCUUACUCUAUUCUGAAUUCCUGGUAAGUGAUUAUUUGGAUGCAAUGUUGUGUGAAAACUAAAAUUUGGUACCAUUUGACUUGAGCUUGACCCUUAUGCAAUCUCCACAACCCCCUUAACAUUAGAUUAAAAUUGUAUAUAGGAAUGCAUAAAGGAAUGUAUUGUGGCAGAGGGAAGCCCUGUUGAAUAAUCAUUCUAAACAGGCAGAAAAAUUAUACUGUAGGGGGAGGAGACAUAAAUUUGGAGUGUGUAUGCAUCUGUUUAGUUGUUAUUGAAUGGAGAAAUGUUUAAUAUAAGGCACAGUAUUGUACAAAUAUUGCAUACCAUACAGUUCUCUACAACUUAGUAUAUGAACCAACAGAAUCUGAAUUUGGGGGAGAAUAUAUAACUUUUUGGUUAAAGGGAUAGUUGAGUUCGGUUUUCAGACCGCAAAUGCCUUCAAAGUACAUGGUUAUUGCUCUUAUUCUUAUCUAUGACAUUUCUAGUGCCCUUU